CCGUGUUAGGUACGGCCGGGGCCGCACCUAAUCCGAUCCCUCUCAUUUCACCCUCUCUUUCCUCCUUCCCGUUGAAAUCUGAAAUUCACACCCCUCUUUUUGUCUGAAAUCCCCUAAUUUUCUGCUGGCAAUGGAAGAAGAGCCUAAGAAGAAUCUGGACAUUUGCGGCAGUCUCUCCCUCAUCGAUUUCUCUUUCGAGGACGAUUCCCUCCUCAUCCCUACGUCUUCCGAUCGUCUCCGGGAUCGGCAAUCUUCUGGGCUUUCAGAAAAUUGUAAUAGUCAUGGUCGCAUUGGAGGUUUUGAGGUUGAAAAUGCUCUGGAAAGGGACAACAUACCAAACUCGAGCCAGGAAAUGGAAGAGGCUCCUGCGUUGGUGCCAUCAGAACCAAGCAGAAUAAGAAGAGCUGGCAAGUGUAAUUUGCGCAAAAGUUUAGCUUGGGAUAGUGCCUUCUUCACAAGUGAAGGUAUUCUUGAUCCUGAUGAAUUAGAAGUUGUAAGUAAAACAUUCAAGAAGUCUUUGGCACAUGCAUUACCUGGAAUUCAAGAAGAUCUUAGGAAAUCAGCUGAGUCAACCUCUACAUUAUGCAGCGAUGCUUCAGCACUUGAAAGCCUUGAAAUUGAAUUGUUUGAGGAUAUACGAGCCUCCAUUCAAAAGUCAGCUUAUGAGUGUGGCAAUGCUUCCAAUGUGGCGUCAUCUAGCAGCAAAGCUCAACAAGGGGAAGUGGAUGUACCAUGUACUGGUUUGUCUCAGGUGGAGCAUUCUUCUCGAAAUAGGAUGAAGCCCAUCAGCAAGCCUUUGAGCUCUUCCAAGAGUCAUGGUCUUAGUAAGCAAGUGCUAGAGAAAAACUCAAAGGAGGUUCUUGUUCGUCCACGAGCAGGUGUCGCUAGAAGUGGAGACUGGAACUCUUCUUUAAAGCCACCAAAGAUUUUACCAAGGGUGAACCCUCCCUCAACAGCAACACCAACCAAGAAAACUUUGGCUUCUUCUGAGUGUAUCAAAAUAAAAAAUAAUACUGCGAAGGCUUCAGGAAGUGGAAGCAACCAGAAGUGUGUUGCACUUUCCAAGAAACCUGUUUCUGGUGCUACACCCACUGUGACUCCCAGUUCUAUACCUUCACCAAAAUCUUCUUCUUCAGGUUCGUCCUCGUCUGCCAAAACACUCCCAUCAACUCCCUCCUCGCAAAACAGAUCAGGCAGCACUAAAACCUUGAGAAAUACGGCUGAUUCUAGAAAUGCCAAUCCAUCUUCCACUGAUUCGAUUAUGAAAACCCCUCUUCGGAUCUCCAGAAAUAAAACCGGGUCCAGAAAUUCUAAUUUGUCGGCAUAUUUAAUGUGUACUUCCAAGUUCUUGCCAAGCAUAUCACCUGCUACGUCCAUCGAUGGCUCAUCUUCUGUGUCAUCUUCCUCGACAUGUACGGCCAGCCAAAUGUCGAACAGUUCGAAAGCAAGCCUUGACAUCAGCUCCACUUCCUCCUCUUGUGGAGGGGAUUUUUUAGUGCGGGAUGCCACUGAGCGACCUGCUCAGCCCUUUAUUGGACGUGAAAAUUCCGUAGCAGGAUUUCCCAGUCAAUGUGUUGAGAAAGCUUCUUUGGGAACUGGUGUUCUUUCUCAUCCAGCAGCUUCGAAUGCUCCUAGAAGUGUGCAAAACUUCAGACCAUCAGGUCUACGAAUGCCAUCUCCAAAGAUUGGUUUCUUUGAUGCGGAGAAAACUGCUGUGCGCGCUUCGAACACUGGUCCGCAAUUUAAUUCAGGACUUAGAAGUGGUCUGCUUAAGAAUGCUUCUGGAAUCAGUAACCUUGAUGGGGCUAUCAAGCAAAGACCUAAGCUUCAAUAUGCAAGACCUCUAACCCUGAAUGGAUCCAUGAAAUUCAAUUCUCAACUCAUUGGUCCAUCACAUCAGGCUUCUGUUUCUGGCAUGAAACCUGCCUCCACUCAACAGCCUCAACAACCACCCAAUCCAUCUCGGGUACCAUCUAGCACUCCAAGAACCAAAAACCAUCCUAGAACAGUUGUAGCAGUUCAGGGCUCAUCUCUUAGAACUAGUGGAGGGAGCAACCAUAACACUUCGGAGUUAGGAGCAGAAGUGGCUGAUAAAGAAAAGUAUGAUCAGACUUCAGAUCUGAAGACGGGAGAACAUGAUGAUCAAAAUGCUAUCAAGAUGUAUGAGGCCACAGAGACUGAAAGGCAGGUCCAUUUGAGAGAGAUUGAAAUAAUUUCUAUGAAGGAAAAUGAACGUUGCUGUUAUGUUGAAGCAAAUCAUGAAUUUGAUGUAAAGAAUGUGGAUGAUUCCAAAUUAAUUUACAAUUCUGGGGAACAUGUUCAAGACAAGAAGGAUUUCAAACAAGGUUCGUCAGAGCCUAGUUCUUUUGGCAAUAGGAGUGUAUUGGUUGAAUUGAACAUUGAGUUAGCUGCGAAAAAGGCCGUUGAUAAGAUGUCAAUGUUUCCUUUUCUAGAGAAAGGCAUUCAGGCACCUUUGCCAGUUGCCCAUUUAGAUCCUGCAGUUGAAUUUGUGGAGGCGAAUCUCACUGCCAAGAGCUUGAAUGAACCAAAGGAGAAUAUCUCAGAGAGUAAUUACAGUUCUUCUCCAGUUCCUUAGCGGCUGAUUCUCUUCAUCGAGGGUCAUGGCGUAAUUUGGCCGAUGAUAUCUAUAGCCUGUAUCGAGAACAAGAAACGUCUGUUUGUUUCACCGAUACUUCUGUGUUGAGGAGUAGAAAUAGGCAGGUUUGUGGAAAGGAUCUUGGAGCAAUAGCAGAUGUUUAGUUCCACCAAUCUUUGCUGGAUUUUUGGUUCUUUUGGAUUGUUGGUUAUACAUAACCCAUGAGUCAACCCUUGUCGUCCAGAAGGCCAAUUGUCAAUAAUGGUUUUGCACAAGCAAUUGGAUAGGCAGUUCAACAGUAAGGUGGAGUUGUGAUCUGGGAUUUAAGCCCAUUCAUUCAGGUAUGUUGCUUGCCGUUAACACGCGUCCGUUCGGAACUUUCAGGGACACUGCACUGUGAUACAACACCUGCCGAUGUCUGUACUGAUUACCGCCAUGUCAUAGCUUAGUGGCAUUUUCUCUGUGUUUGGAUGACCUGUUGAGAGGAUGCAGCUGUGGUGAUGGCCAAUGCCAGCGGGUCUUUUACAUUGCAGAAUGCUUUCACUGAAAGUUCCAAGCGACCCCCCAAAGUGUUCAAAAUCCCACGUUAAUGCCAUUGUAUUAUAGAUGUUGACUUUAUGUUUGUCGAUUGAGAUCUUCUGUUAAUUUCAUUCUCAGCCUGUUGUGUUAAUAAGAUUUUGCUAGUUAGGCAAUUGCUCUGUAGUUCUGUGCAAUGAGUAUGCUGAUUGCAUCGACAAACCUUUACUGUGAUUUCAUUGAUUUAGCUAAUGCAGAGAUAGUCAUGGUUGCUUCUGC